GCGUCGGGAAGCUCCCUCGCAAGGCUCCAGCGCAGCUCCCACCACGAUGCCCGCGGCUUUAGGGCUGCUGCUGCCGUGGCUGAGCCUGGUGGGUGCCCUGCAGCCGGGGCUGGAACCCCCCGAGUUCGACCCCACCGAGGCUGGGGCCGUUCUCUUCGCCGAUGCCUACAACAGCACGGCGGAGAUCGUCCUCUUCCAAAGCGUGUCUGCCAGCUGGAACUACAACACCAACCUGACGACCGCCAACGCUGCCCUGCAGGUCGAGGCAUCGCUGGAGGAACAAAACUUCACAGAAUUGUGGGGGAAGAAAGCCAAAGAGCUCUAUGGCAACAUGUGGAGCAAUUUCAGUGACCCACAGCUGAAGAAAAUCAUCGGCUCCAUCCAGACCCUGGGGCCCUCCAACCUGCCCCUGGACAAGCGGCAGCAGUACAACACCAUCCUGAGCGACAUGGACAAAAUAUACUCCACAGCCAAGGUGUGCCUUGACAAUGGGACCUGCUGGGAUCUGGAGCCAGACAUCUCAGACAUCAUGGCCAGCUCCCGCAGCUACAAGAAGCUCCUCUACGCCUGGGAGGGUUGGCACAAUGCUGCAGGCAACCCACUGCGUGCCAAGUACGAGGAGUUCGUGACGUUGAGCAACGAGGCGUAUCAGAUGGACGGAUUUGAGGACACAGGCAGCUACUGGCGCUCCUGGUAUGACUCCACCACCUUUGAGGAUGACCUGGAGCAUCUCUACAACCAGCUGGAGCCACUCUACCUCAACCUGCACGCUUUUGUCCGAAGAAAGCUCUAUGAUCGCUAUGGCCCCAAAUACAUUAACUUGAAGGGCCCCAUCCCUGCUCACCUCCUCGGCAACAUGUGGGCUCAGCAGUGGAAUAAUAUCUAUGAUCUAAUGGUCCCCUACCCUGAUAAGCCUAACCUGGAUGUCACAAGCACCAUGGUGAAUCAGGGCUGGAAUGCCACCCACAUGUUCCGGGUCUCGGAGGAGUUCUUCACUUCCCUGGGACUGCUGGAAAUGCCACCUGAGUUCUGGGACAAGUCCAUGCUGGAGAAGCCAGCAGAUGGCCGGGAAGUGGUGUGUCAUGCCUCAGCGUGGGACUUCUACAACCGCAAGGACUUCAGGAUCAAGCAGUGCACAACAGUGACCAUGGAGCAGCUGUUCACAGUGCACCACGAGAUGGGCCACGUGCAGUACUACCUGCAGUACAAGGACCAGCCUGUCUCCUUCCGUGGUGGGGCCAACCCUGGCUUCCAUGAGGCCAUUGGUGAUGUCAUGUCCCUGUCCGUCUCCACCCCCAGCCACCUCCAGAAAAUUGGGCUCCUCAGCAGUGCUGUCGAGGAUGAAGAGAGCAACAUCAACUACCUGCUGAAGAUGGCUUUGGAGAAGAUUGCCUUCCUGCCCUUUGGCUACCUCAUCGACCAGUGGCGCUGGAAUGUGUUCAAUGGCCGCACACCCCCGAGCCGUUACAACUACGACUGGUGGUACCUGAGAACCAAAUACCAGGGUAUUUGUGCUCCAGUUUCGAGGAAUGAAAGCAACUUUGACCCCGGAGCAAAGUACCACAUCCCUGGGAACACCCCUUACAUCAGGUACUUUGUGAGUUUCAUCCUCCAGUUCCAGUUUCACAAGGCGCUGUGCCAGGCGGCCAACCACACCGGUCCCCUGCACACCUGUGACAUCUACAUGUCCAAAGAGGCUGGAGCCAAACUCAGGGAGGUGUUGAAGGCUGGAUCUUCCAAGUCAUGGCAGGAAAUCCUGUUCAACCUCACUGGCACGGAUAAGAUGGAUGCUGGGGCGCUCCUGGAGUAUUUCAGCCCUGUCACCACCUGGUUGCAGGAGCAGAACAACAAGACCAACGAGGUGCUGGGCUGGCCUGAGUUUGACUGGCGUCCCCCUGUCCCCGAAGGCUACCCUGAAGGCAUCGAUAAAAUAGUAGAUGAAGCACAAGCUAAAGAGUUCUUGUCCGAGUACAACAGCACGGCUGAGGUGGUGUGGAAUGCUUACACUGAGGCAUCUUGGGACUACAACACCAACAUCACUGACCACAACAGGGAAGUCAUGCUGGAGAAGAACUUGGCCAUGUCCAAGCACACCAUUGAGUAUGGCAUGAGAGCCAGGCAGUUCGACCCCUCGGACUUCCAGGACGAAACUGUCACCCGCAUCCUCAAUAAGUUGAGUGUUCUUGAGAGGGCAGCCCUGCCAGAGGAUGAGCUGAUGGAGUACAACACCCUCCUCUCAGAAAUGGAGACCACAUACAGCGUAGCCAAGGUCUGCAGGGAGAACAACACCUGCCACCCCUUGGAUCCUGACCUCACGGACAUCCUGGCUACCUCACGGGACUAUAACGAGCUCCUCUUUGCCUGGAAGGGCUGGCGGGAUGCUUCUGGGGCGAAAAUCAAGGACAAAUACAAGAGAUACGUGGAACUGAGCAACAAGGCAGCUGUGCUGAAUGGAUACACAGACAAUGGGGCUUACUGGAGAUCCCUGUAUGAGACACCCACCUUUGAGGAAGAUCUGGAGAGGCUGUACCUGCAGCUGCAGCCCCUAUACCUCAACCUGCAUGCCUACGUACGUCGAGCCCUGUACAACAAAUAUGGAGCAGAGCACAUAAGCCUGAGGGGUCCCAUUCCUGCUCACUUGCUGGGCAACAUGUGGGCCCAGUCAUGGUCCAACAUCUUCGACUUGGUGAUGCCCUUCCCAGAUGCCACCAAGGUGGAUGCCACUCCAGCCAUGAAACAACAGGGCUGGACGCCCAAGAUGAUGUUUGAGGAGUCAGACCGUUUCUUUACCUCCCUGGGCCUCAUCCCCAUGCCGCAGGAGUUCUGGGACAAGUCCAUGAUUGAGAAGCCAGCAGAUGGGCGGGAGGUGGUGUGUCAUGCCUCAGCCUGGGACUUCUACAACCGCAAGGACUUCAGGAUCAAGCAGUGCACCGUGGUGAACAUGGAUGACCUAAUCACAGUGCACCAUGAGAUGGGCCAUGUGCAGUACUUCCUGCAGUACAUGGACCAGCCCAUCUCCUUCCGUGAUGGAGCCAACCCUGGCUUCCACGAGGCCAUCGGGGAUGUUAUGGCCUUGUCUGUUUACCCGAAACACCUGCACAGCAUCAACCUGCUGGACCAAGUGACAGAAAAUGAAGAAAGUGACAUCAACUACCUGAUGAGCAUCGCCCUGGACAAAAUUGCCUUCCUGCCUUUUGGAUACCUCAUGGACCAGUGGCGCUGGAAGGUGUUUGAUGGGCGGAUCAAGGAGGAUGAGUACAACCAGCAGUGGUGGAACCUCAGGCUGAAGUACCAGGGCUUGUGUUCACCAGUACCAAGGUCUGAAGAUGACUUUGACCCAGGGGCAAAGUUUCACAUCCCUGCCAACGUCCCCUACAUCAGGUACUUUGUCAGCUUCGUCAUCCAGUUCCAGUUCCACGAGGCGCUCUGCAAAGCAGCUGGGCACACGGGACCCCUGCACACAUGUGACAUCUACCAGUCCAAGGAGGCCGGGAAGCUGCUGGGAGAUGCCAUGAAGCUGGGUUUCAGCAAGCCAUGGCCUGAAGCCAUGCAGCUCAUCACGGGACAGCCCAACAUGUCAGCAGAGGCCCUGAUGAGCUACUUUGAGCCCCUCAUGACAUGGCUGGUGAAGGAGAACACAAAGAACGGGGAGGUGCUGGGCUGGCCCGACUACAGCUGGACUCCUUACGCAGCCACCGAAUUGCACGCUGCCACUGACACAACUGAUUUUCUGGGCAUGUCUGUCGGCACCAAACAAGCCACUGCGGGCGCCUGGGUCCUGCUGGCACUGGCACUUGUCUUCCUGAUCGUCUCCAUUUUCUUGGGUGUCAAGUUGUUCUCAUCAAGGAGAAAGGCCUUCAAAUCCAGCUCGGAAAUGGAACUGAAAUAAGGCAGCCACAGACGGGGGAGCGCAGACAGGGUGCGAGCGCGGGCACUUGGGCAGCUGGUGGCAAUGCUGAGGGCACUUCUGCCCACGAAGCCAUGGGUUUCCACAGCCCAGGACUCCUGUCUCCAAUCAGGUUGGACAUUUUUUUUUCCACUAUGCAAGAGCCAAAGCAGAAAAGAGCUAUUUAUUUGCCAACAUCUGCAUAAAAGGAAGAGAAAUUCAGGCACCGGCAGGCACGGAGCCAUCAGGGACUGCUGCUGUGCCCAGGGGGGAGUGAAUCCAGCGUGAACCCCCACCACCCAUCUCCAGCCCCUGUGCCAGGAUGGGCAAAGCCAUGGGGGCUCCAAGUGACAGAGGGCAGGCUUGGGAGGGACAGAGCAUGCUUCUGACCUCUGCCCAUCCCUGGUUUGCACACUGCUGGGCUGUUCAUUUGCAUGGAUGAGAAAUAAACCCAUGUCUUGUCACCCCCA